GCCAUUUAAUUCUAAUUUAUAUGCAUGAAAAAAGCUGUCAUAUUUUGUGUCUUUUGUAUAUAAUUAAUGCUCAUAAUUCACAUACAUCCAGAAAGCUGUCCGUUUCUGCUGUGGUUCUUUUCUUCUUCUUCUUCUUCCUUCUUUUUUUCCUUCCUCUCUUUUUUUUUUCCUUCUUUUGCAGUUUGUUUCUUUGGUGUUUGAGCAUAUUAGCUUUUCUAGUUUACUUCUUCACUUCUUUGUCUCUCUGGUCAACUGUUGCUGAGGCCUUUGACAUAUGAAGAUGCCAGUGGCAUUGCUCUUGCUGCUGGCAUUGUGCAAUGCAAUCAAAAUUAAUGGAGAAGAGAGCAAUGAGCAGUGUGACCAUAAGCUGAGAUUGGACCCAAGACCACAUAGUGUAUCCAUAUUGGAAUUUGGUGCUGUUGGAGAUGGCAAAACUUUGAAUACCAUUGCCUUUCAAAAUGCCAUUUUCUAUCUCAAGUCUUUUGCUGACAAGGGUGGUGCCCAACUUUAUGUGCCACCUGGAAGAUGGCUUACUGGAAGUUUCAAUCUUACCAGCCAUCUCACUCUCUUCUUGGAAAAAGGUGCUGUCAUUCUUGGAUCUCAGGAUCCAUCUCACUGGGAUAUUGUUGAACCCUUACCCUCAUAUGGUCGAGGAAUUGAACUUCCCGGACGAAGAUAUCGAAGUUUGGUAAAUGGGUAUAUGUUGCGUGAUGUCGAAAUAACUGGUGAUAAUGGAACCAUAGAUGGGCAGGGCUCCGUUUGGUGGGAAUGGUUCACAUCUCAUUCUUUAAACUAUAGCCGCCCUCACCUUGUGGAAUUUGUGUCUUCCGAAUACGUACUUGUUUCAAACAUUACUUUUCUGAAUGCCCCUGCAUAUAAUAUUCAUCCAGUCUAUUGUAGCAAUGUACAUAUUCAUAACAUAUCUGUCCAUGCUCCAUCAGAAUCACCACAUACUGUUGGCAUAGUCCCAGAUUCAUCUGAUAAUGUUUGCAUUGAGGACUGCAACAUUAGUAUGGGUCAUGAUGCGAUUGCCCUCAAGAGUGGCUGGGAUGAGUAUGGCAUUGCUUAUGGGAGACCUACCGCAAAUGUCCACAUCAGAAGGGCCCACCUUCAGUCAUCCUCAGGCUCUUCUCUUGCCUUUGGUAGUGAAAUGUCUGGUGGCAUUUCUGAUGUCCAAGUGGAGCAGGUCCACCUCUACAACUCGUUCAGUGGUAUUGAGUUUAGAACAACCAGGGGUAGGGGUGGUUAUAUUAAAGAGAUCAUCAUAUCAGAUGUUGAGUUGCUAAAUGUUAACACGGCUUUUGGUGCCAUUGGUAAUUAUGGAUCCCAUCCAGAUGACAAAUUUGAUCCCGGUGCUUUACCAGUGCUGCAGAACAUCACCUUGCAGAAUAUUAUUGGUACAAACAUCACUGUUGCCGGAAACUUCACAGGAAUCCAAGACUCUCCCUUCACAUCUAUAUGUCUAUCCAAUAUCUCCUUGUCAAUCAAUGCUGCCUCUUCCACUUCUUGGAUAUGUUCAUAUGUUUCUGGUUUUUCAGAGUCGGUCUUCCCCGAACCAUGCCCCGACCUUGAGAAAUCAAAUACUUCUUCAUCAUGCUUUUCCAUCCUGAAGCCUAAAGGUAGAGUCGCGAUCUUAUGAUACCAUUCCUUCCCACUAGAAAAUAUAUAAAUUCGGAAAUUUCUACCCUUUACCAAUUCAAGAGUAGGUCAGAUUCUUUCCAAUAAAACACAUGUCUAGAAUACCUGUUUCUUCAUCCCUUCCGUUCGGAUUCUGGCAUGUUGAAACCUGCAGAUUGCUUGUAUAGCUUCAUUUCUUAAUUCUUGUGUACGGAAAUUUUUGGUAGUGGUGGUACAAAAGCACAAAAGGAUGUUGGGGGUAUUUUUAGUAUUGCUGUCUAUUGAAUUCUUUUCUUCUUUCCUUGUGUUCAUAGUUUUGAUCCAGUCUCAUUGUAAAAUCAUUACAUCAUUUGGAUUGAAUUUGCUGAGUGAUAAUGGUAGAUAAAGAGAUAUCCAAAGGGGUCCUUUGAUUGAAUAAACUGUUGUUAGUCAAUCAAUUGGAGAUGGCUUUGCUUCCAUUUUCACUAUCAUCGAAAAGUCAUGAUCCGAGGAUAAAAAAAAAAGAUUGCAUGUACAGAGAUAUGAUCUGACGUCUCCGCUAAACUUUGGGUUCAGGUGUUUUCGAUUUUCAAUUCAGUUACAUUCAAAUUAUUGCAUGUAAUGGUUCCAAUAACAGUGAUUUGUUGGCAACACAUGGUUAACAAGCUAAAUUACAAGAUACCAUAAAACAAAGAAGGAUGAAUUGGAAAAUCCAUCUGCAUUAAUUUUCCUAGUAAAGAGAAGGAACUAUGCAAUUUCCAAUUUUCCUGAAAAAUGAAAAAGAAAAACAGUUUCCAAUUGCAUUGGAUGCCUUUACAUGGAGCAGACAAAGACAAAAAUGAAAUGUUGUUGAUACAAAUUCCUGUCUCAUCUAGAGUUGUAG